AUGAUUAGAGACUGGUUUGAAUUUGCCUGCAGUGAUCACUUCCCAGACUGUAGGAAACGGUUUGAACCGUUUCUUAACGGCGGCCGAUGGAAAGGCUUCCUGAGUGCCAGAGGGCUCCGAGCUUCAGCUGCAGAGAUCUCUGGAUCUACGGCCAAUGAAAACAUGAGGCUGACGCUGCGCUGGGUCACUAACAGGCGAGUGCUGUGGCUCUUUGCCUUCAGCUCGCUGGGUUUGGUGAUGAUCUCUGUGCAGCUGUUCCAGAGGAGGACGGAUGGACCCGUGGAGUGGCACGUCAGCCCUGCUCACAAACAGCUGGUGCAUGAGAACGUGCUCAGAGUUCUGGAGGGUCGGUGUCGGCCCGGCGGCGCCAGAGAGAGGCUGCUGGCUCUGUUCCCGUCAUCCAGCGAACCCGUCAGUCCCUUCCUGUGGAAAGACGAGCCACUCCCUGACGAGCUCUUCCUCGACCCGCCGCCGUUCGGCUUCAGGGGUCUGAAAGGCAAAGCAGAGGAUCUGCUGCCGCUGCUCCCAGCUCUGCACUCUGACCCCCCCUCACAGACGCGGUCUGGCUGUCGGCGCUGCGUCGUCGUGGGAAACGGAGGCAUCCUGAAGGGCCUGGAGCUGGGCCAGCUGAUCGACCGCUUCGACACCAUCAUCAGGUUAAACAGCGGCCCCCUGGGAGAGUUCAGCACAGACGUGGGGAAUCGGACCACCAUCCGGAUGAGCUACCCAGAGGGCACGCCCUUCCACUGGGCUGACUCCGAUCCUGAGGCUGUGUUUGUCGCUGUGGUUUAUAAGAGCGGUGACAUCAGCUGGAUCUCAGCCAUGAUCAGAAAGCUGAGCGUGCCUCUGUGGGACUGGCUCUUCUUCUGGCAGAGAGUUCCAAAGGAAAUCCCACUAGAUCCUUCCAGGUUCCGACUCCUGAACCCUCUGGUCAUCAGAGAGACGGCGUUUAGCUUCCUGAAAUACCCUGAGCCCAGGUGGCGCCUGUGGGGCUGGGACCAGAACGUGCCCACCCUGGGGGUGUCUGCGCUGAACUUGGCCAGCCUGCUGUGCGACCAGGUCAGCCUGGCGGGCUUCGGCUACAACCUGUCCCAGGAGGGCGUUCCCCUGCACUACUACGACCAGCUGCCCAUCAGCUUCAUGCAGCAGCAGAAGAUGCACAACGUGGACAAAGAGACGCGGCUCCUUCGGACGCUGGUGAGAGAGGGCGCCAUCAGCGACCUGACCGGAGGAAUCCACUGCUCCUUCUGCUCCAGCUGACCUCCUCCCAUCGGCUGAAACAAAGCGGUUUGAACUUUUCCCACGUUAAAACAACCUGCUGGUUUUAACCGCCGGCUGCUGCAGGCCAUCUUGGAGCUGCUAAGUCCCAGGAAUCCAUCUCAGUGUUGAACUUCUCUCAUAUUUAAGUUUUUAACUCGUCUUUUAGGGAUAGAAAAGCAUCAUGGGUUUUUUUAUGAACACUGAGAAGCGUUUUAAAGCAAAGGGGGCGGAGCCAGGCUGGAUCUGCGCUCCGUUCGCUGUCCGCUGGCUGACGGACCAACAGGAGUGUCGUUUACCUGUUUAACCACUACUGAAGAUCAUUCACUGUUCAGAUCAAAGUUCUUCUUUAUUUGAAGCCGGCUUCAAAUAACCUGACUUUCCACACAGAGAAAAUAAAUCUUAUCUUUAUUCCUCGCUCUGACACUAAUUUCAGAUUGCACUGUGGCGACUUUUAACAUUAAAUGUUAUAUUUUCCUUCAUUGUUUAAUUUGGGACCAUAGUUUUGUUUGUAACACUUCAUUUUCUUUUAUUCUGUUCAUGUCAUUGAAAUGAAAUGUUCUGUGUUCGAAAUAAAAUAUAGAAACGCCUC